UUUAUAAAUUAGCAGCGCAGAAGUAUACACUAGCGACGGUCGUGUGUAUCAUAGAUUAACAAUUAUUAUUAACAGUGGAUAAUUAAUUUGUUGUGAUUUUUUUUUAUAAAUGUUCGAGAUAUUUAGAAAACGAAACGAUGAAUGGAAAUCAAGUUGAUACAGUGAGUGAGAUUGUUGAAACGAAAAAUGAAAAUGCAGCUAAUUUGGAUCACGCUUUACAUAUCGCAGGUCUCGGCUGGUACAAUAUCAAAUACUGUUUAGUGUUGGCACUGUUCCUCAUAGCAGCGAUAGUAGAACCAGUUGGGUACUCCUACAUAUUGCCAGCAUCUAAAUGCGAUUUGAACAUAACGGAUGGACAGCGAGGGUUUCUAGCCUCGGUACCAUACAUAGGUAUAGUACUGACGUCAUUUCCAUGGGGCUACGUAGUGGACACUCGGGGAAGGAAGAAAGCACUGAUCUUCAGUUCGUUGGCGGCUGGCUUUUUUGUGGUCCUCUCAGCGUUCAUGCCAAACUUCAUUAGUUUUACUAUCUGCAAAUUAUUGGCGGCAUUAUGUAUAGCAUCUCCGGCGGCGGUGCCUUACACAUUUAUAGGAGAGCUCGUCCCCCUGAAGUAUAGAGACAUCACUUUAUCAGUCACUAACGCAAUGCAGAUAUUGGGAUCCGCUUUAGUUCCUUUGUUUGCCUGGGCUAUCCUACCGUUAGAGUUCAGAGUGGAUUUUGGAGCUUAUGAAUUUCGACCAUGGAGACUACUCACAAUUGCAUACGGCUCUAUAUUUAUAAUAGCUGCGCUGUUACUGCUGUGCGGACCAGAGAGCCCGAAGUAUCUCAUGUCUCAAGGAAGAGUUGAUGAAACCUUCGACAUAAUGAGAACUAUCUAUUCGAAGAAUAAGAAGAAAUCUCCUGAUGAGUAUCCUAUUAAAAGCUUAAAGACGGAUGAAUUUGUUAAAAAAGAAAAACUGGGUUUCUUCACAUCAUUGAAAGUACAAUCGAUACCUUUGUUCAAACCACCGUUUUUGAAAUGGAUGGUUCUUAACAGUACUAUCUUCUUUGGUUUAUUUUCAACAAUAAAUGGUCUUAAUGUUUGGAUACCUGACGUGUUGAACCGAGUGCUGUCAGGCGACGGCGAGGGAGCCACUGUUUGCGAAGUCAUUGCCCAGCGACUUAAUAGUACUGCAGAUGAGUUUGCCGAAUGUGACGAUACUCUGGACACGAUGACUUUCCUCAUUAAUUCUGUUGCCAACGUAACAUGCGCUGUCAUUGCGAUCGUAGUCAGCAGCACCGUGAAGAUAAUCGGCAAGAAAAACUUACUUAUAGGAGUACAGUUUAUAAUUGGUUUAUUCUGUAUACUGAUAAACGUGGUAACACAAGAGAUUUUGUUUGCUAUAUUCCUAUCAUCGUUGCCAGUUCUCGGUUUAGCGAUUGGACCAGUUAAUGCUUACGCUGUGGAAAUAUUCCCGACACAUCUAAGAGGCAUGGCAGUAAGUUUAUCAAUGAUGAUCGGUCGUUUAGGCUCUGUUUUCGGUGCUAAUGUCGCAGGCAUCAUGUUAAAUGCAGUCUGUGAGGCGACAUUCUAUUUCUUUGGAGGAUUUCUAAUGUUUUGCGGUUUGUUGUCAUUCUUGAUGCCGGCUUCUAAGGGAAAACAGACCAAAAAGGCGAUAAUGACAAAAUUGUGAAUUAAAACAAAUGUAAUCUGUAAUGUACAAAUUUAGUUUAAGUCGUUUAGGAUAAGAUAAUUUUAAUGAAUAAAAUUAAUUUAAAUUGA